UAGUCGAAAAUAUAUGUAAAGAGAGUCGCGUCAUGAAAGCAGUGUAUAUAUAAAUGACACCCGACUGUAUUGGAACGCAGUCUUCGCUGAUGAUCAACAUCAAAAUGAAGGUUCUUGCUGUGUUUUUCGUUGCUUGCGUAGCCAUCGCUGUGGGAUCUGAUUAUGUGAUUUACGACUCGACAUCUCAGCCUAAAUGCACGCUGGUUGGACCACGUACAAGGAGGAGUGAUUGUCGCUGGCAUGCAGGUCUAGACAUGGUGGACCAAGUCAUUGAGGGAGGUCGCAUCAUCGCGUACAAGAUCCAGUGGUUUGCCGGACACUGGUCUGACUGGUUCGUUCCUGGCCUGAACGACCUCGACGGCAAGUUCAACGUCGACGCCUCGCCUUGCACCCCUCCAGUCAAGGCCAAAUCGUUGAGAAGAUUUUGGUCCUAUUUCUACGACCACAAUCACCAGUUCAUCAUUUGUAAGCCGAAUUGAUCUGAAGAGCGCACACAAAAUACAAGUCAAAUUUGAUAUUAUACUUGAACUUUUAAACAAUCUUGUAUUCCAUCAUCGGCAUGUGUUUUCUAAUACAUAGAGUGAGCCUUAUUUAUUUAUCUUAACAAAUGUAAAGAUAUUAUAAACUAUAUAAUCAUUUGUGUCAAAGUUCAUGAUAUGUACGGCAAAUUAAAAGGAUUUUACGGUAAUAAGGACAUCUAAGCAUCAUACCAAAUAUGUCGAUAUUUUUUAUUUUGCGAACAAAUCUUAUUCAACUAAUGUACAAUACAUAGUGUACAUUCAAUAAUAGUAAAGAAUGGCAA